AUGAUAAAGUUGGGCGGAGUAUUCGGGGGCAGCGGAGGCGGUGGUGGCGGAGGCGGAGCCAUCAUCAACCCCAGCGGCGCCCCAAACAUCUGCAUAUGCGUGGGCGUGGCGUACGGGAUCAGGUUAUUGGGGGCGGGCACUUUAACGCGCGGCGGGAAGAUAUGCGGAGGCGGCGAGCCAGGUGGUGGGGAUGGAGGCGGCAGGUUGUCGUCUUCGUCUGAGUCGGGGCCAUCCGAGGAUAGUAGCGGUAGGAGAGGUUUCUUGAUUAUCUUCACCUGUAAGGUGGAAGAAACAGGGGGGAUUAAUGGUGGAGGUUGUUGUGGAAGGCAUAUAACCUUGGACCUUCUUUGUAUAUUUGACAUUCAGAAAUGCUGCAAACAUGUCAUUAAGAGUUUUGUCAACGAUGAUUUUGGCUCAUCGUCAUCAGAAUCUCCGAAAUUCAACUUAGGCUUAUCGAGAAGUAACUUCUUCGAUGUCAAAACCAUCCCACUAAAACUAAAUUGUUUUUCUGGGGGCUUGGCGGGAGCUACAUCAUCAACAAUUUUCUUAGUCAGACUAACUGGUACUGAAUCUGUAUCACUCAUAUCAGAUAUACUGCUAAUGGAUAUAGGCAUGGAUUUCUCAGGAUCCUCUGCCACGUUCGAGGAUCAUGAGUAG